AUGGUGUAUGAUCAUUUGAUUUGUAGAGGGUUUCCAACCACAUACACUACUUGGUUUUGGCAUGGGGAGUCAACUAUAAGGGAAACUUCUAAUAGCACACCCUCGAUACAAAAUCCCUUAUACAGUCAUGAUCCAAUACACAAUAUGAUCAACAAUGCUUUUGGGAUAUCUAGGGACCAUGUGAAUGUAGAAGCCUGGACCUCGCAUCAACCAGUACAUGAAGGUGAAGAAAGGAUGCCAGAAUUGAAUCAAGGACCUAAUGAGGAAGCUAAGGCAUUUUACGAUCUAGUUAGGGAUGGAAAUCAAGCAUUGUAUGAAGGAUGUACGAAGUACUCGAAAUUAUCAUUCCUAGUAAAACUAUAUCACAUCAAGUGCUUGUGCGGAUUGAGUAACAAAGCAAUGUCUAUGAUUUUAGAAUUGUUAAAAGAUGCCUUCGAACAUGCAGAGAUUCCUGAUUCUUUUUAUGAGGUGAAGAAAUUAAUUACCAAGCUUGGUCUUAAUUACAGUCAAAUACAUGCAUGUCCAAAUGACUGUAUGUUGUAUUGGGGAGAAGAUGAAAGUAGGGAGACAUGCAAAGUAUGUAACACGUCAAGAUGGAAACAAAGUAGGAAAGGUAACCCGACGAACAUGUCUAGUGGGGGCAAGAAAAGAAAAAAGAAACUUGUCAAAGUUUUACGGUACUUUCCACUUAAACCACGUUUGCAAAGGUUAUUUAUGUCUUCUAAAACUGCUGAACAUAUGAGGUGGCAUUCUGUGGAUAGUAACAAAGAUGGCUUGAUGAGGCACCCGAGAGACUCUGAGGCGUGGAAGAGAUUCGAUGAAACACACCUUGAAUUCGCAUCAGAUCCACGGAAUGUUAGGCUUGGGUUAGCUAGUGAUGGCUUCAAUUCUUUCAGAACUUUGAGUACCAACUAUAGCAUUUGGCCUGUGAUUCUUAUACCGUACAACUUACCCCCUUGGAUGUGUAUGAAGCAGACUUCCUUCAUCCUUUCAAUGAUCAUUCCGGGAAAGCAAAUGCCAGGGAAUGAUAUCGAUGUUUACUUACAACCCUUGAUUAAAGACUUGAAGGAUUUGUGGGAUGGUGGUGUGGAAACAUUUGACGCUUCACUCAAUCAAAUGUUUAAUAUGCGCGCUGCAUUGAUGUGGACAAUUAGCAAUUUUCCUGGGCUUGAGUUUAGGAAUCCACCAGUGGCACUAUCAGGUUCAGAGAUAUUCAAGCAGUUGGAAAAUGUUCGUGUUACAUUUGGGAAAGGGAUGGAGGCUGAAGAUAACAGAAAAAGAACUCACCGAAAAAAUAUUGUAGAAAGUGAAUGUGUGUGA